CCCCGGGGACACCGGGCUUUGAGGCCGGGGCCUAGCGCCCGCCGCGGCCCCGCAGGAGGGGCCCAGGCCCGCCUCCCCGCCUCCCUGCCUCCCUAGUCACUUGGCCGACCUAGGCUCGCUCCCCUCCGCUGCCGGCUGCCAUGGCCCUCGCCGCCCAGGAGGGCGCGGACUCGGAGCGUCGGCAGCGGCGGCGGCACCAGGCGCUGCGCGGGUUGCUGUUGCUCUGCCUGUGGCUGCCCAGCGGUCGUACUGCCGUGCCACCGGCGGCGCCGCUGUCCGAGCUGCACGCGCAGCUCUCGGGCGUGGAGCAGCUGCUGGAGGAGUUCCGCCGGCAGCUGCAGCAGGAACGGCCGCAGGAGGAGCUGGAGCUGGAGCUGCGCGCCGGCAUCGGCCCGCGGGAAGGCUGUCCAGGCCCCGGCGGCGACGGCUACAGCGCCAUGCCCGACGCCAUCAUCCGAACCAAGGACUCCAUCGCGGCAGGUGCCAGCUUCCUGAGAGCACCGGCGGCCGUGCGGGACUGGCGUCAGUGUGUGGCGGCCUGCUGCUCCGAGCCGCGCUGUUCGGUGGCGGUGGUGGAGCUGCCCAGGCUGCCUGUGUCCCCGGCGGUCGCGCUUGGCUGCUACCUCUUCAACUGCACUGUGCGCGGCCGCAGUGUCUGCAAGUUCGCGCCGCACCGUGGCUUCAGCAGCUACAGUCUCAGCCGCGCCCCAGACACCGGGCUAGGAGACUUGGAAGCUGGAGACCCCGCUCUGGCCACCGCGUGGUCCUCGCCCCGGCUGGACAAGGAUGAACCUCCACUUAGCAAGGCUGGGCAGGAUGUGAUUUUGCAUCUGCCCACAGAUGGCGUGAUUCUGGAUGGCCGUGAAAGCACAGAUGACCACGCCAUCAUCCAGUAUGAGUGGACACUGCUGCAGGGUGACCCAUCAGUGGACAUGAAGGUGCCUCAACCAGGAACCCUGAAGCUGACCCACCUACAGGAAGGAACAUACACCUUCCAGCUGACCGUGACUGACACCGCUGGUCAGAGAAGCUCCGACAAUGUGUCCGUGACAGUGCUUCCCAGGACCUACUCCACAAGAGUUCUCGGCGGACACAACAUCUUUGUUGGGUGCUUGAAUGUUUGCUCACGCUACCACUUCUUCUGUGACAAUGGCUGCUGCAUUGAUAUCUCCCUGGCGUGUGAUGGCAAGCCGCAAUGUCCUGAUGGGUCUGACGAGGCUUUCUGUCAAAACUUGGGCCUUGACCACAAGAUGGUGAGCCACACGCCAGCUAGUCCUGCCCAGCCAGACACAACAGGCCUGAGUGAACAUGCAAGGGAGCACUCAUUGUUGGAAAAGUCCCAGAAAGUCACUGCCCCCAACCUGCUGGUCACCUCAUCAGUCUCAGAGAAGAGAAUUCACUCCACCUCCUGGGGACCAGAGAGCCAAAUCAUUCCUCUGAUGCCAGGUAGACAUUCCUCAAGCAACAACAGAAAGGAGGAAAACUAUAUUUUUGAAUCCAAGAGUGAACAAGGCAGAGGAGAACACCCAGCCCCAGAAACAGGUGCAGUGCUACCCCUGGCAUUGGGUUUGGCCAUCACUGCUCUGCUGCUUCUCAUGGUUGCUUGCCGGCUGCGCCUGGUGAAACAGAAACUGAAGAAAGCUCGUCCCAUUACAUCUGAGGAAUCUGAUUACCUCAUAAAUGGGAUGUAUCUGUAGCAAAUGUAAGCACUUAGGGGAAGAAUGUGUUUCAUGUACAAUUUAUUCUUUUAUUAGGUUCUAGUAUUUACAGCCUCUUUUGUUUUUAAUUGGCAAAUCACAAACCUUUAUUUACUAUAGAAAGAUUGUCCUUAAGUACAUGAAAUAUUUCAAUAGAGAGAAAUUCAUGUGAUUAAAGACUUUUACAGAUCUAAUUCUGAUUUACUAAAUUGUUCCUAGAAAUAGAAAUUUGUAGUCAGCUGAGGCAGUUUUGUCAGUAUCCCCAAAGAUGGCCUCAGAGUGGUGGCAUUCACCCUUAGCUUUUGAGAUGUGGCCCACUGGGCCCUGAUAGUACUGGGUCACUUUAGGAAUAGCUUCCUGUGGCGCUAGUCUUCUUUAAUCUCCAAUGCCCCAUUUUUCUUUUACUCUGAAAAACAUGUUCCUUAGGAUGGAUUUCAAGGAAGUUUAUACUCUCAAUGAAAUGUUACCUAUGGCAGAUAUAUAUACAAUUUACAAAUCUUUAGAACAGAUGAAGCCUGAGGAGAGAGGAAGGUGGGUUCUCCCCAAUGCCUUUGACAUCAUGUAAUGUAGUUGAUCUUAGGCUGAUCUUCAGAGGGGAAAAAAAAAAGCUAGACUUUGGAUUAAAAACACCUCUAAGAUGGUUAUGAAGUGAGAUAGGAAAUCAAGGUGGAAGUAAUUCUGGUGGCCAAAAAAAUUAACAGAAACUUACCCGAGGUCAACUCUAAACAUUGUGUACAAAGUAUUUUUAUCAACAGGUGGAUAAUUAAUACUUUGUGAUUUCUGCUCACCACUGUUCCAUGGUCCAGCACAGUAGCCCAUUCAUACAGUCACCAGUUUUCAAGAUGAGUAUUUUUUGAUGAAAGAAAAACAGCAGGAUGUUAAAUGGAUUUGGGGGUACAGCUUUUAUAAAAAUGUCACCAUGUUUAAGUGACAGCAGGUCAUUUGAUCUAAUGGAACAAGCCAGGUUUUUUUCUUCCAUUUUGAAAAUGCUAUCCAAUAUUAUUAUGACGUCAGUCAGCUAGGGCCAGGCUCAUGUGUUCCAGAGUAGAAAGCAGUUUGCACAAAUUCAUCCUUAGAGAAAACUGGCAUUCUAUCUUUCCUUUCUAAAUCUGUAGGUAUUUAAAGACAAAUUAUUUCAUACACAUUUAAUGCCAGGAUUAGAUACACUCUAGAAUAAUUAUCCCACUGAGAGGAAUGUGUGAUGCAGUGCCUGUCUAUGCUUACAUGAUGUUCCUAUUUAUAUAUAUAUAUAUUUUUUACCAUAAGACAAAUCUUUUAAAACACUUGAAAAAUACUCUAGAGUCUAGUAGUUUAUUUUUAAAAAGGACUUAAUUUGGGUGGGAAAUAUAUCAAAACACAUUAGCAAGUGGAAAGAUCUAGAAAAACCAAUAAUCAUUUUUGUUUCCUGAGAAACUCAUGUUUUUGUAGAAUGUUUAGAGUUCAGCAAUGAUUUAAAUUUCAGUGGCAGUUUAAGAGAAAUGGACUGUGUGAAUGAAUUUAAUAUGUGUGUACUCCCUGUGAUGCUGUGCAGUGUCUUUAUACAGAAGGACGUCACCUAUAGCCAUACCCAAUAAAACUGACAACGCAUGCAUCUAUCACCAAACCUUUUAUACAUGUAGAAAUUAAUAAUAAUUUAGGAUUGCUAUAGUACUGAUUUACUUAAGAUGUCCCAUAAUGUCCCAUAUUACAUAAACAAUAUUCCUUUAAUAAAUUGUAUUUUAUUCUUAA